CGUGAAGAAUAAUAUUCAGCCAUAAUAUUCCGUGAUUUUACAGUGCUUCAAAUAAAAUAUGUUUAUUUUUACCCUUACAUUUUACUAACGUAUGAUAAUCCGCCAUGAUUUUGAAAUUUUUUUCCUGGCCGUUGCCGCUUCUUCACGCAAGCCCAAGCCCGGACCAUGGUUGAGUGGGUCCCACAGGAGAUGGGUAAAGCCGACGUGGCAGAUCUGUGCCAUGUCAUCAUCAGCUUAUGUCAGGUUACGUUAUUUUCAAACUCAAUGCCACUGCCAAAAAAAACACACAAGAGAGAGAGAAAGAAGAAAUGGAAUCAUCCUUAUUUCCAAAUUAUCAAAGACAAGAUUUCUCCUCCUCUUCCUCAUCCUCUUCCUUGAGCUCACAAGAAACGUCAUCGCUCUUUUGGAGUGACGAAUUCUUCUUCGAAGGAGAAUCCGGACUCUCCAUCCCUAAUCGCUACCAAACGAUCAAAGGAGAGGAAUAUAAUGUGGAAGGGAUAUCGAAGGGGAAAGGAGAGAGAUCGUACAGAGGAGUGAGGAGACGUCCGUGGGGGAAAUACGCGGCCGAGAUAAGGGAUUCGACGAGGAACGGGAGAAGGGUAUGGCUCGGAACUUUCGACACGGCCGAGGAAGCGGCCUUGGCCUACGACCAAGCGGCUUUCGCCCUCAAAGGCGCCUUGGCCGUUCUGAAUUUCCCGGUCCAUGUGGUCAGAGAAUCUCUCCAAAACCUCAAUCUAUUCGACGGAGGGUCCCCUGUCAUGGCCUUGAAACGGAUACAUUCCCUCCAAAGCCGGCCUCGGGGCAGAAAAGGAAGCAAAGACACGACAAAUCAAGAAACUGGUAAUGGCACACUUCUGGUUCUUGAAGAUUUGGGCGCUGAGUUCUUGGAACAGCUGCUCAUGAGUUCCUGUGAUUGAUUUCUUCGGGGAGAUGUUGUUUCUGUUUUUAUUUUUAUUUUUUCGGUUUCAUUCAUGGAUUAAAUAUGUAGCAUGGACAUUAUCCGAUGAAAAUUUCUGUCAAUGUAACGCCCAAAUAUCGUUGAAAGUGAAUCGAUAUUUUGUCAA